AUGAUUCAUAUUCGAAAGCCGUCGUGUCAAGUAGAUCUAGCGUUGAGGGUGGUGCGGCAAACACGUCGUUUUUACUCCCUGUGUAGUGCGCGACUUUUUUCUACCAAAAGCUCAUCUUAUGUUGGGACACCAACUUCCAAGCGCGUGAUUGUAUCUGGAAUUCAACCGACAGGCGUACCACACCUUGGUAACUACUUGGGCGCGCUUAAGAGUUGGAUCCGCCUGCAAAAUGAAUCAAGCUCUUGCGAUGAGCUGUACUUUUUCAUCGCGAGUCUGCAUGCGCUGACUGUGCCACAGAAACCGACACAGCUUUACGAAGAUCGACGAAACCUUCUCGCCGCGUUGAUAGCUGCAGGUCUCGAUCCGCAUCGUUGUACGAUAUUUCACCAAGAUCAAGUGCCUGAACAUACAGAGCUGGGCUGGAUUCUCAUGUGUCAAUCGUCGUUUGGUCGGCUCGAGCGCAUGACGACGUGGAAGUCAAAAAUUGCAACGCUACAAAACAGUGCUUCUAUCGACCAUGUCAGUGAGUCGCAGCUUCAGCUAGGUCUUUUCUCGUAUCCUGUUCUUCAAGCAGCCGAUAUUCUUUUAUAUCAGUACGUACCUCGACGUCCUGAUCUUUCGUUCUCACGCAGCGCGACACACGUGCCUAUUGGCGAAGAUCAGCAGCAGCAUUUGGAGCUGACCCGCGACCUGGCGCAUCAAUUUAAUCGAAUGAUAAAGCAGCGCUAUUUUCCGAUUCCUCAGCCGCUCUUCUCUGAGUCUAAGCGGAUCUUAUCGCUUCGCAAUCCGGACCAUAAAAUGUCGAAAUCCGCACCUGACGUGAAUUCACGAAUUUUACUUACAGACACGCCUGAGCAAGUUCACUCAAAAGUAAAAAAGGCCGUAACCGAUAGCCUCACUACGAUAACAUUCGAUCCUGAGGCACGUCCGGCUGUGAGCAACCUGCUACAAAUUCUCGCCGGUCUUGAUGGUGGCAUUCUUCGCUCUCACUUAACUGAUGCUGAACAAGUAAAAUGCCAGGAUCCUGCUUUCCUAGCGUCUCUUCUUCGAGCGUAUGGAGGAGGAUCAGGUGCAGCUCUGAAAAAGGCGCUGGCGGAAAGUAUCAUUGAAGAACUUCGACCUGUUCAGACAGAGUACGCAAGACUUGUUGGCGACUCUGGUUACUUGGACAAAAUGGAACGGCUUGGGUUAGAAAAAGCUCGCUCUCGCGCCAGUCGAUGCAUAUCCGAUGUAAGAAAGCACCUUGGUCUCUCGCACCCGUAG